AACCAUUGUCAACCUCGGCUGCGCCUCGGGGUGAAAAUUUUCAAUGUUACACUCAACUACAUGCAAUAUUUACACAUGUAUAAUGGUUUGGUUCCAGAACAGACGCUCAAAGUUCAAGAGGCAAUCCAAGGAUUCCCAUGUUGCCUGGAUGCGGAAACAGUUUUACAACGCAGACAUGCGCAGUUCUUGUCAGCUGGUCCCCGGUGAUGGAAAACAACACGUGUUGUCGCCGCCAAACCAGAUACGAGAAGUAACGGAGAACACAACAUCCAGACCGAUUUCCAACAUACACUACAUGCCAUAUAUCCAUCCGGAUGGCAACCCUAGCUUGGAUCAUCAGAAAACCACAGCCUCGUUUCAGCGCAGACCCUGUCAAUUUCCGUUUCCGGUUUCGUGUGGACCCAUCCCUUCAACACACAGUUAUUGGGACCAAAUGGACGUUCAACAGAGAAAUAAGAUCCUGUCUCACCUGAUGUCUGAGCAAGCGGAGCAGCAUCAGGCCUUCUCCAGACCCAGCUGUCAGUACACCACGAGUGUUCCUCAGUUUCCACCGUCGUAUAACGUUCCCUCCCUUGCCGUGCCCAGUGGAUUUGGAUUCUGAUUCCUUGUUUGCAGAUCUUACACUCUUCCUUACUGGAAAUCGCGUAUCAAGAACUGAACGAAUACUGGGGAACCUGUACUCUCUUUUGAUUGCUGAACAUUGGUGAUUUAGUGAAUACUCAUGAUAUCUUAAAACUCUCGUUCAACUUUGUGCACUAACAUACCUGACGUAAAAUUCUGUGCAUAUAUAGAUGUGAAAACAACAAUUUUCUAGUUUUUGCGGUGUAAAUACCAUCUGUUAUACAUGUUAUAUGCAUUCAAAACAAA